CGUCUGUCAAAAAUACGUUGCACUGACAGGAGUAAACGCUACGGGAUACAUUACAUAAAUAUAAAGUGAAGCAGGUACAGACGGUUUAUACAAUCAUAGAUAACAGUGACUGAAGAUGUAAACAAGAAUGUUGUUACAACGAAAGUAGAGAAUUUGAGACUAUCUUUAAUACAAGUAUGGAAAAAAGAGGCAGUGCAGAACUCCUGGGUACAGAACAAAGCAAUUCGAAGAAUGCCAGUUCAGAUUCUCUCAAUUCAGACAGCAAAAGCAGUUCGCUCAAUUCGAAAAUGGGCCAGGAAUCGAAUUUGUCUGGAGGAGACACGGGACCACCACUCUUGAAUGGAGAACGGGUGCAAGGCAUUGCACACGAAGUUACCUAUUUGUGUCCUUAUUCGGGACCUGCCAGAGGGAUUCUUAGUGUUACAAAUUACAAACUUCAUUUUCGUAGUAUAGAUCGAGAAACACCUUAUGUCGUUGAAGUGCCGUUGGGGGUCGUUAGUCGGAUUGAAAAAGUCGGCGGUGCGUCAAGUAGAGGAGAAAAUUCUUAUGGAAUCGAGGUGUUUUGUAAGGAUAUGAGGAAUCUCAGAUUUGCUCAUAAACAGGAAAACCAUUCCAGACGAGAUGUAUUUGAAAAACUACAACAGUAUUCUUUUCCAUUAUCUCACAAGUUACCUCUCUUUGCCUUUGAAUACUCUGAGACUUUUUCUGAAAAUGGUUGGAACGUUUACGAACCUAUUGCAGAAUUAAAAAGAAUGGGUGUAAAUAACGAUAUGUGGAAAAUAUCAAAAAUUAAUGACACGUAUUCGCUAUGCGACAGUUAUCCAGCUGUCUGGGCAAUACCUGCUGCAGCGACUGAUGAGGAUCUUCAAGCCUCUGCGUCUUUUAGGAGUAGAGGUAGACUUCCAGUUCUCUCAUGGAUUCAUCCAGAAAGCCAAGCGACGAUAACCCGUUGUGCUCAGCCAUUAGUUGGUGUCGGCGGCAAACGAAGUCGCGAGGAUGAGAGAUACGUCCAGUUGAUAAUGGAUGCUAACGCACAAAGCCAUAAACUCUUUAUUAUGGAUGCGCGACCGAUGCCAAACGCGAUAGCGAACAAAGCGAAAGGCGGUGGAUACGAAAGUGAAGAUGCUUAUCAGAAUGCGGAAUUAGUCUUUCUCGAUAUUCACAAUAUACAUGUCAUGAGAGAAAGUCUCAGGAAGUUAAAAGAAUUAUGUUUUCCCACAAUUGAUGAGGCUCGAUGGCUGUCUGGCAUAGAAUCGACAAUGUGGCUUAAACAUAUCAAAUGUGUUCUUGCUGGGGCUGUAAGAAUUGUGGAUAAAGUCGAAAAUCACAAAACUUCAGUCCUAGUCCAUUGUUCUGACGGUUGGGACCGAACAGCACAACUUACAGCUCUCGCAAUGUUAAUGUUAGAUCCAUAUUAUAGAACCGUCAAAGGAUUUGAGGUUUUAAUAGAAAAAGAGUGGCUUAGUUUUGGACAUAAAUUUCAACAGAGAAUAGGCCACGGUGAUGAACAUCAUAGUGAUGCAGAUAGAUCACCGGUAUUUUUACAAUUUAUCGAUUGCGUUUGGCAAAUAAUGCGACAAUUUCCCAACGCUUUUGAAUUCAACGAACAUUUUUUAAUUACUAUUCUCGAUCAUCUUUACUCUUGUAGAUUUGGCACGUUCUUGUUCAGCAGCGAACGCGAAAGAGUACAAGAGCAAGUGAAGCAAAGAACGGUCUCUCUCUGGUCGUAUACCAAUAGUCAAUUACCUCUUUAUCUAAAUCCUCUUUACCGGUCCGGUACGAAUUAUCAGCUUGUUCUAAUGCCAGUUGCUAGUAUGCGAUAUAUUAAACCGUGGAAAAGUUUAUAUUGUAGAUGGAAUCCUAGUAUGCGGCAACAGGAUCCUGUUUAUCAAAGAACAAGAGAGCUUCUAGUCUUAAAAGAGCAGCUCGAGAAGCAGCUAGAGGAAGGUAGACGCGAACAGGCCUCACGUGCGAAUCGAGCUAUUACCUCGCCGGCGCCACCCAGAAUACAUUCUCCGGUUCACAUAUAGGAACGGGAAAUUUUGACUGUCUAAUAAUUUGUAGUUUUAUAAAUGAGCUGUAAACUUUUGAUCUACUCCUUCGAGUCAGUACAAGAUAUUUUGACUGAAUUUGUGGAUGCUAUGUAUAAUAUGCCCACUUGAUAAAAACGAAUCUCGAUUCGUGCGCAUUUUUGCAUUUUCAAUGAAUUAAUCGCAACC